CCUGCAGAGCGCGCACAGGGGAGAAAACAGCCAAAUCAUAAAGAGACCAUUGUGCGUGUGUAUGUGUGUGUGUGUGUGUGGGAGGGGGGGUACAACUAUCGCAUGUUGCUUUGUGGACACAAACAUGAAGGGAAAUUAAAACUUUCUGGAGCUUCUGGAAACGUUUACAGGAGCACAGAUUUCUGAUAAGUGGUGUCCUCAUUUGACUAAAAAUAACUUGGAAACUUUCUUACUGACGCGCUAUGAGGAGCUCACGAUGAGUCAAGAGUGCUGCGCUCCAGCUCACUGAAGCUUGUUGCUCUGCAAACAGGUGGAUUUCGGAUAUUUCUUGAAGGUAUCUGAGGCCUGAGCAUGCCAGCACCCCCUCCUCCCCCUCCCCCUCCCCCUCCACCACCACCACCGCCCAGCGCUGCCCUGCCACAGUGUCCGUCGGAGCCUCCUAAGCUCCAGUCUGGUGGAGGAGGAGGUGGAAGGAAUGCCCUGUUGGCCGACAUCCAGAAAGGAGCCAGGCUCAGGAAAGUCACACAGGUCAACGACCGCAGUGCCCCUGCUGUCGAUAAGCCCAAGGCUACAACUGGAGAUGUGUCUGGUAGUGGUGGAGCUUCUCAGGGCUCAUCAGGUGGAAUGGCACCCAUGGGACCUUCUUUGGGUGGGCUCUUUGCUGGAGGCUUCCCCACUCUCAGGCCUAUAGGACAAAGAGACUUAGCAGGAAAGACCCCAGUGUCACGGUCGAGCUCCUCAGCCUCCCUGAAGCCCCUGUGGAACCCCCCCACGCCAGCAGACACGAGCAGCGUCUCUGAGCCUCACAAGACGGCGGAGCUCCGAAGCUCCUUCCACCGUCCGCUUGCUCCCUCGUCCUCUGCUCCUCCCUCCCCGUCUUACGGCAGCAAGCACCCACUUCCUUUCCCUACUUCCUUUCCUCCUCCUCCGCCACCGCCUGCCUCUCCCUCCGCUCCUCCCCCGCCUCCCCCACCUCAAGCCUUCCAGGACCGGCCAGCCAACAGGCCCCCUCCGCUCCCCUCCUGCCCACCUCCUCCGCCCCCGUCCCAUGUAACCAAGCCCACCUGGCUCCCCAUCCAGCACUCGCACCACACCACUAUCUCCCAGCCCUCUACUCCUCCUCCCCCUCCUCCUCCUCCACCUUUCCAACCUCCCUCUGUUGUUCCAGGGGACCGUUCCUCAGGUUGUUUCUAUCCUCUGCCUCCCUCCCCAGUCCACUCUGAACCUACCAGGUUCCCUAUGAUGCGGGAUAGCCCUCUGGGACCUCCUCCUCCACCUCCUCCCCCUCUACCGGCUUCUUUUACCCCCACCUGCCCGUCCACCCUCCCCCCUCCGCCACCCAAGCUUGCCCCAGUGCCAUCCCCAGCCAUGCGCUCACUGCCUCCCUCGUACCCUUGCAACGCUCCAACCCGACGGCCACCUGCCAUACCCAGAAGUGCAGGUGUGGGUCGGCUGGCUCCUCCUCCAGCUCCUCCAGCACGUUCCCCAACUACUGAGCUGUCCAGCCGCAUUCCUCCCCCUCCACCACCACCUCCCCUGCCUCCAUCGAGCCUCAGGAAUGGACACCUGCACAGCCUGGCUGAUGACUUUGAAUCCAAGUUCCAGUUCCACCCUGUAGAAGAUUUACCCCCUCCUGAUGAAUUCAAGCCUUUCCCUCGCAUCUACCCCAGCAAAGAAAACAGAGUGAACCCAAAACCGCCUGGGAUGAGGACACACCUCAGAUGAGUCAAGGCCUCACCCUGUUCUUCAUCUCCCUAAACACAUAUCAGGCAUUUUAGACACAAUACUCCUCAUCUCUCUUCUCAUGACAAUAACAUAUCUGCCAUGGACUUAUUUGGACGCAGGCUCUAUAUGUGUGUGUGUUGUUUGUGUUUUGUGUGAUUGUGCAUAUAUGUGAGUGUCAAACGGGGUCCCGCCUCAUUCAGACUAUGUGACCUCUGACCUUUUCCAGUGUGGAAUGUUUUGAAUGUGUGUGAGGAGGAGGGCUCUCCCUACUCAUGCACACAUGCACUCCUCGAACAGUGUCUUCCAAUAGCUAUAAUUAACAUGACUCUUGAGACAGUUUGUUAGCAUUUCAGUAACUACGUACAUAUCUCUGAGACCAAGAUGGCACGGUCUGUCCCUUUACACAGUAGCACUUUUAACAACCCAGAAACACAAGAGUAAAGCUCUUUUAAAGACAGAUAUACAAACUGUGGUACAGCAACUACUACUGGGCAAGAGGAAGCUCCUCGAGGGCUUAUAUAAAAGUUUGACAGCACACUUCAACAAUGUUCUUCCUGCACUUUUAAAAAGUGCAAGACAGUCCUGUCAAGACAUCAUGUUUUUUUUCCCGAGAAUUCACUGACCAAUAUGGCCACUGUUAGCAGCAAGUAAACCUCAUCAUACACUCAAUGUGGAAAAAAAACAAACGGGUGAAUACCUUAUAACCACUUACUUUCACUGCAGGACAUGCUAACUUUAAGAGUUCAUAAAUCCUUGUACAUAUAGUGGUGCUCUUGUGUGUUUUUUUUUAAAGAAAUGAUAAAUGAAUUCAUAAAAGUGUAGCAGUUAACUGACACGUUAAGACUAUGGGAAAGCGUCUGUUUUAAGUUACACUGUUAUGAAUAGAUAAUGAAUGAGAUAUACUCUUUCCUUUCUCCCAGUGGAUUAACCAAUACUAACACCUGUGAAGACAGUGCCACCUGCUGGUUCAAUGUGUAAAGUAUUACAAGGUGUGACCUCCAAAUAAACCACAGUAUUUUGUUUAAAAA